AUGUCGGCGCAGGUCAAUGACUUAAGUGCGCCAGUGGUCGCAGAGUUGGCGCAGGAGCUUCUGCGCUAUCGCGUACCGGACAGGGAACUCUGGCGCGCCUUGGUGGAGACGACGCUUCGAAGAUCCGCUGAGAUGGGCCCUGCGGAAAUAGUCUACCUUAUGGACGCUUUCCGGCGCUCCAUGGCCUUCGGCACAGACCCGGGACAAGCAGUUCAGGCCCUGUGUCAUCGGAUGCUGGAGUGUUGCCAGGACUUCCUCCCGCGGCAAUGUGUGGGUGUGCUAGGUUCUCUGUGUCGCCUCAGUGGGAGUGUGGACCUCUCCUUGCAGUAUCAGGUGCUGCAUCACUUGUUGGACAAGUGGUUGGCUUGUCAGGCACCUUCCUGGGAAACGACCCCUUCCAACCAGGUCAUCUCUUUAGCUGUGUCACUGACGGGCGUGGAGAGCCAUUUUAACCCCAGGAUCGAUAACUUCUUGCUUGGAGCUUCUAGCUGGGCACAACAGCAUGGAGCUGUGGUGGGUGGUGCCCUUUCGGCCGAGGAUUUGGUGGUGCUACUGUGGGCCUUGAAGACGCUGACGCCUGUGGGGCUAUCAAGGUAUCCUGAGUUGGUGAGCAUCGGCCUCCUAAGAAUCCGUGCUGAAGCUGAGUACAAGGCCUUUUCUGUCAUCCGGCUGUACCAGGCGCUGGAGCUUCUUCUGGCGUCCAAGCAUGCACUGGCAGAUAGUUCGUCAACCAGUGAGGAGCUACUCAAGAGCCUUGAAGCACCCGUGGUGGCUGCUCUGGCCAGCCGAAUGGCCGAAGCACAUGAAAGCGUCGUGGCCAAGGUUCUCACCAUUGGAGAACAAGGUGGUUCGGAUUUCUGGCAACGUUGUUCGUUGCUCACUGAGGCGGUGUUGCAAAGGGCUGUGAGGCUAGCUGCAGACGAGGACGUGAGCCCAGCGAAUCUUCAACCCAUGCUGGACACGUUGGCCACCUCCAAGAUCGCCAGUGCGUCCGCCUUCCGGGGAGGCUGCGAUGCCCUUUCGGCCGCAGUGAAUGGUCGCCGCGAUGCCAGUCAUCCGGUGCUGGCCUCGGUGCUGCAAGUGUUGGAGGCAGUGGCCGAGUCCUCCACCGUGGCACCAGGCACAGAGGAAACCCACAAGCCCAAGAAGUCGGAAGGUUUUGAUUCUGAGCGUCCCUUAAGCCCUCUGGAGCUGGCGGAGCGUUUGGGUCGUUUGGGCAAGUCCAAGUCCGCGAACCUGGCCGAGUUGUCUGUGGUGGCGGAGCGUUUCGUGUCAGCUGUGGAGAGCUUGAGGAAGGACCAGCUGUUGCCAGCCUUUCAACAUGUACUCUAUGCAGGACGAACACGCAUCAACCGAGAGCCACUGCUGUUGGAAGCCGUUGAGCGCUUGGGGGAUCAGGUGGCGAUGCAUGUGAAGGACUUGUCGAAUUUGCAGCUGAUUUCAGCCUUGGAUUUGUUUGCGGACCUGGGCCUGCCCUACCAUUUGCUGUUUGAGUCAGUCUUAGUCGAGUUGCUUGAGCGGAGACAAGCGCUGAGCUGGCAGCAGGCGAUGCUCUUGCUGGAAGCCUUUGCUGUGGUCCGCAUUCGCAUCCCAGAGCUGGCGCGGAUCUACCAGCGCCAGCGGCGGCAGCAGGAGCUGGCUCGGCUGCCCACUAUGGGAAUGGUGCGGUUUCUUUCGUCGGCGACGCGAUUGGGACUUGUCGACGAGGCCGGCACAGAUGUCCGGGAGAUGAUUUGCAGGAUCCUGGCCGAAACUUCACCUCACCGACCUUUGCCGGCGGAUGAUGUGGUGUCUAUCAUCGCAAGCCUCCUGGCCUCUGGCAUCGUGUUGCCCGAUAUGCAGCUGAGACACAUCUUGAGCUGGAUCGCCGACCUCCGCCCUGGGCAGCUGGCAGAGAGGGAUUUGGCCACCUUGAGACAGUACAGUUUCUUCCUCUUGGCCCAGGUGGAGGGAAGUGCUCGCUUCACCCUGCAGCGGAUGCCCGUGGAGAUGCAAACGCAGAUCUCUGAGCUGUUGUGUCACAAGGCGCCGGCGUGGAGCAGGCCGGUGACUCAGCCCACACGGCUCCUCCGAGCAGAGGUGUCGGAACUGCUCUUGGCGGAGGAUCCUAUGGCCCCAAUGGAGUCCAGCACGGUGCCAAGUGUCUCGCUGGGCCCUGCUGGGCAGGCGGACGCCGAGGUGCAUGGAACAGUGUUGCUACUGGACGGCCCAGAGGCCUUUUUUCGGCCCUUCCGUGGGCCCAAAGACCUGCAAUACACACCGCAGGAGAAGCAGAGAGCAUGGCUCAUGCAUCGGCUGCUGAGCAGCGAUGCAGUGCGUCAUUCUGUGGCGGACUUCUAUCCAGCCGCCUUGGAUUGGCCCAAAAAACGAGGCCCGCGCAGAAUCAACUGGCAGGAGUGGGGCCAGGCGGGUCCCAGUGAACGCAGACGCUUGCUGGGAUUAGAGACAGGAACAGCCGCUGUGCAUUCUCAAUUCCCGCAGAUGCAGGACAUGGUAGGACACUUUUUUCCACAGAGUGUCAUUUGCAGCUUGUGGUGCAGCGGCCACGAGGCAGAGGGGUUGAUCAACCUCAUAAGCUGA